AUGCCUGUUUCAGCAGCUGCUCGCCGGCGACUCAUCCGCCUCACCCAGGCUCUUGUUGGCGGCCCCGUUGUCGUCUUCGGAGGACUCGCCUUGUGGACUCGAAAAUGCGCAUUUGAGCCCUUUGGACCAGACACCGACCCAUUGUUCAAGCAUCCAGUGUUGAAGCAGCUCAAUCCUCAAAGUCUGCCCAGUACUCAUGAUUCGUGUGUCAGAAAAGUGCCUUUUGGCCAGCUGAGGCCGGAGUUGCUGGAAGAUGCGAGGCGGGGCGGGAGCGCGUUGGUGCAAGAGUUUUCGAGAGGAAUGUGGGGAGGUUAUGGAUAUAGAAUUCAGAGGAGGAUAAUGGAGUUUACAAAAGGUCCCGAGAAUGCUUCCGAUGUAUGGACUCCCGAAGAGCUGGGACGGGAUACAUUUGAGCCUGGAACUGUCCUCACGAAUCAUUUUCUCGUCCUCGAAAAGUCUCCCACGGAAUUGCUUUUUCGGGGCUGUCUCUCUCCGAAAGAAACGCCAUUCCGACUCCGCGAUUUGGAUAACUUCUUUGCUCUCAAUGCGGAAUUGAAUGAAGAGCGGCAAGAGGCCGAGUUUAGACUCAAAGCGAUAUCAUUCGACGCGGUGACAACGACGCCGAAGGAGGAUCCGCUUGGGGGGGUGCCGGGGAUGCUGCAUAGGGUGUAUGCGAAAUUGUUGGUUGAGGCGGCGGUUGGAUGGUGUGUGAGGUAG